UAGGGGGAACAUACUCUGUCAAUAUCAAAUUCAAAGUGAAAGAAAAGCAGCGCGCCAUAUUAUCUAGGGUCUCACUAUGAUAAUUGGGAGGCAUUUCCAAAACGUCUAUCCUUCCUAUGUCUAUGGAUUCCUUAUUCUUACAAGUUUGAUGAAAGUACAUCCAAUGGCCAAUGCUGGUGAUUUGGGAAAAAUGUGCAACUCGACUCAAACAAACCAGACAAAUUGCACAAGGAAUGAGACUGGUUCUCGUAAUCAAAGUGAUUACUUCCUGUAUACGUGAGAAGUUUGUGUACAUCAUCAUGAUGCCCAGGCCAAGUUUUGAAGUAGUCGGACGUAGCCGUUAAGCCACUUCGGAGGUCAACAUCAACCCAGAAGAACAUUUGUUUUGUCUGCUUCAAAACACCAGAUACAUACAGACGAUCUUAAUUUACCAUAUAAGACAUUUUAUUUUGCUAUCAGUUGAGUAUUUUUAAGAAGAAGAGUUAAGAACGCAUCACACGACGAACGCGAAAGUCGUUUCUUUUAUAACAUCCAAAACUUAUUAUAAGAAGGCCAGCAGACGACAAAGAAGUUAGUCUUGGAGACAGGUGGAACCCGGCGUACAAUUCCUUAAAUAAAAUCAAUUUCUGAGGUCACGCUAUGGUACCUGUACAAUAUGUUUAUAGAUACGUUGUUUUUAUAUGUUUGUUGAAUGUAUAUCCAGUGCCAGUGCCAGUGGUCAAAGCUAGUGACAAUUCUAUCAAAAUGUGUAAUUCGACUAAAACAGAUCAAAUAAAUUGCACAAGGAAUUCCUCCGUUUCGCAAAAUAAUGGAAAAAAACCGAAGAAAAGUUUCUCACUUCCUCAAGAAACAUUAAUAACAACAAUGGUGAUCUCCACAGUUGGUGUCCUAACAAAUGGUCUUCUUAUUGUUGUUAUUGUGAAGGAUCCUUUAAACAAGCUAAGACGAGGACCAUGGAUUACCAUCUUAAGCUUGUCUAUAGCUGAUUUCACUGCAUCUUUGUCUCAAUUCAUGAUUGUUGGAUUGGGUAGAUUGUUCGAGGUCAAACCAUCAGAAGCUGUCAUUUAUUCUGUCCUUUCCUUUUGGAUGUUUGGGGCUGCGGGCUCAUUUUUUCACUUGACAUCACUCACAUGGCAAACUUACAUGAUUGCAAAGUAUCCCAUACGUAGCCGACAGAUGUUGUCUACCAGAAAGAUAUACAUAUUAUGUGCGACUGUUUGGUCGAUUGCCAUUUGCGUGGCAUUUGGUGAACUCACAUCAAUUUACAACAAGAAAAUUGAACAGCUUAUGUACACCUAUAUCACGCUAUAUGCUGUUUUGGAGAUUGCUGUUUUGAUCUUGGUCAUUGGGAAGUGUUUAAUACUUAUAAUAGUAUGGCAAAAUCGACAAAACACGACAGUAAAUGCUAAACAGCACAAUAGAAAACAUCUGGAAAUGGUAAAGACAAUUAUCUUGCUAAAUAUCCUAUUACUGGUAACUGCAUUUCCUUAUUUUGUCGCCAAACAAGUGGAGUUUAUUCAAAGGCUAGGAAAAAUACAAGGUGAAUUGGCUUGGCGUUUUUCUUACUACUACAAACCAGUUGCCAUGGUGAAUUUUGCAGUCAAUCCAAUUGUGUAUGCACUGACGCUUCCCGAUUAUCGAAACAGUCUGAAGGCGUUGUUUAAAAAGAACAGUUAUAUUUCUACUGAUACAGCACAGCAAUUGACAACCUCGUUCCGUUCUGCUGAUGAAACGAUUGCUUUGUAGAUAAUAUGCAUUGAUUAAUAUGCAUUGAUCAUAUAUAACUUGAUUACAAAUAUAUAUGAUUAUUUUUUUAAUAUAGGUAAUAACAUAAACUUUAGUGGAAUUUGUAGUUAUACUUUUGUGUAAUUUUUAGUGUAAUGUUUGUAUUUGUAGCCAAUUUUGCCUGCAACAAACUAUUUUGAUAACCACAUCAAAACAUAGUACAAUAUCGUAUCUAAUAA